CCCCCAGCCUUGGCUUGCUGUCUCUGUCUCUCUAUUGGAAUUGAAUAAUUGACAAGUCCUCUGUGCAAUCCCUGACUGAAAGGUUCACCAGUUCCUCUUGAUUGAAAUAGGAUCAGUUGACCAAGUGUUCCUCCUACUUUGUACUUUUUCUUCAAAAACCCAAACACUGAUCCAUUCCCAUUCAACCCUUUCCAAAUUUUAAUCCCAAGUUGCCAUCUUUAUCAAAUCCUCUGCAUAUUCUCCCUGAUCCUCAUCUGGGUUCUCAACCUUUUCCUUGAAUUAUCACUCUUCCACUCAGCCUUUUAUCAUUUCUGAUCCAAAAGUCUCUCACUUUUUUCUCUCAAAUUCAGUCUAUUUCAGCUCAUCCCUUCCCAAUUCAGCAGUUUCCCCAUUUGGGUCUUCUCUAUUCCUUGAAAAGAUUCAAUCUUUGCUCUCAUACAAAUCCAUAUCUGCAAAUUCAGUACAGUGGUCCUUUGGGAAUAAGGCCAAAUGGGCAAGUGUCUAAGCAAAAGCAGAGACCCAGAGCCACAGCAUAAUGGGUACAGAUCAGGAGGAGGAGCUGGACAACAUUACCAAAAACCCCAUGAGCCAGUUGUUCACCAAUCCAAGGCCUCUGUUCAGCAACAUCAUCAAUUACCAGAGAAGCGUGGCAUGGCAGCCCAUCAAGAACCCCAACCAGCUUGGAAGCCAUCUGUUCCAGCCAGAAACCCCAAACCAGUUCUCAGGCCAGACACAAUUCUGGGGAAGCCAUAUGAGGAUGUUAAGUUGCACUACACCUUGGGAAAAGAGUUGGGUAGAGGGCAAUUUGGGGUCACAUAUCUUUGUACUGAGAAUUCAAGUGGGAGGAAAUAUGCUUGCAAGUCAAUCUCAAAGAGGAAGCUGGUGACCAAAAAUGACAAGGAGGAUAUAAAGAGGGAGAUUCAGAUUAUGCAGCAUUUGAGUGGGCAGCCAAACAUUGUGGAGUUCAAGGGAUCUUAUGAGGAUAAGCAGUCUGUGCAUGUUUGUAUGGAGCUUUGUGCAGGUGGUGAGCUUUUUGAUAGGAUUAUUGCAAAGGGUCAUUACAGUGAGAGAGCAGCUUCUGCAAUAUGCAGGUCUAUUGUGAGUGUUGUGCAUAUCUGUCAUUUCAUGGGUGUGAUGCAUAGAGACCUCAAGCCUGAGAAUUUCUUGCUGUCUAGCAAGGAUGAGAAUGCCCUUCUCAAGGCUACCGAUUUCGGGUUGUCAGUGUUCAUUGAAGAAGGAAAGGUGUAUCGUGAUAUAGUUGGGAGUGCUUAUUAUGUUGCUCCAGAAGUGCUGCGGCGCAGAUAUGGCAAGGAAAUAGAUAUCUGGAGUGCAGGAGUUAUCCUGUAUAUUUUACUAAGUGGAGUACCUCCAUUUUGGGCUGAAUCGGAGAAGGGAAUAUUUGAUGCCAUAUUGGAGGGAGUGAUUGACUUUGAUAGUGCACCAUGGCCAUCAAUAUCACACAGUGCUAAGGACCUGGUCCGGAGGAUGCUGACACAAGACCCUAAAAAGCGAAUUACUUCAGCUCAGGUCUUAGAGCACCCAUGGAUCAAAGAAGAAGCAUCAGACAAACCCAUAGACAGCGCAGUGCUUUCUAGAAUGAAGCAGUUUAGAGCAAUGAACAAACUGAAAAAACUUGCAUUGAAGGUUAUUGCUGAAAAUCUUUCUGAAGAAGAAAUCCAUGGGCUUAAGGCAAUGUUUGCAAACAUGGAUACUGACAAGAGUGGAACCAUCACUUAUGAUGAAUUGAAGUCAGGAUUGGCUCGACUUGGCUCUAAGCUGACUGAAGCUGAAGUCAAGCAGCUAAUGGAAGCUGCUGAUGUGGAUGGGAAUGGAGCAAUUGACUACAUUGAAUUCAUUACUGCUACAAUGCACAGACACAAGCUAGAGAGGGACGAACAUCUUUACAAAGCUUUUCAAUAUUUUGACACAGACAACAGCGGGUUCAUUACUAGAGAUGAGCUAGAAAAAGCUAUGAAAGAGUAUGGUAUGGGUGACGAAGACACAAUUAGGGAUAUAAUAUCUGAAGUAGAUACAGAUAAUGAUGGUAGGAUCAACUAUGAGGAGUUCUGCACGAUGAUGAGAAGUGGAACCCAACAGCAGGGCAAGCUAUUCUAACUCUUUGUAAUGUGAUUUUCUCUUACUGCUGCAAGCAACCAUUUAGUUCCACUGCCAGGCAUAUAUGUGUAAAUUGAGGAACUAUAUGCUUAGAUUGAAUGGCACUUUGAGCCUUACAAGUAGGCAAUGCUUGCUUUCAUUACUCUCCAGCAAUUAUAGAUAGUUGCCAUGAAGACAAAGCUUUUAGUUUGCACUGCUUUCGAGUUACAAGUGGUACGGUUGUGCAUUACAAAGUUAUCAGCUUUUAUGUUUGUAUUUUCUUUAUUUUUGACUUCAUCUUGGUCCGUUGAUAUUUUGAGGAAUAAUUGAAAAGAAAGCUUAUUUUUAGCUUGUAA